AUGGGUUUGUCUGGGCGAACCAAUCAGGUCCCUCCCUGCCAUAGAUCGGUGCUAUAAUACAUAGCAGUAAAAGCGGUCUGCUCGCACAAGCCGCUGUAGCUCGACUACGCAGAGAUUCCGUGGCUAAUUUUCCCACUUUUUACCCACGUAGCAACGUCCUUCCUUCGAUGUGUUCCGUUAUCAUUUUAAAGAGGCGUUCAUUUCCGCACCUGCCACGGUAGUGAUCGGGGGGCACGGUAGCCUACAGACGAACUAGAGGAGGAGACAAGGACAUUGUGGAAGCAGUGGCGCGAGAGGCAGGAGAGAUAUAGAAACGGCCGCCGAUUGAUAACAUACUGAGGCUCCGAGUAAUUUAGAUUUUAUGGACGAAAUGCUGCUGUUGACAAGAAUCGUUCUGGUCGGGUUGAUCUGCUUGUCCUUGGUGUCCUCUGGGAUGGGUUGUGGACCGGGCAGGGGCUACGGGAGGAGAAGACAUCCGAAGAAGCUGACCCCUCUUGCAUACAAGCAGUUCAUCCCAAACGUCGCGGAGAAGACCCUAGGGGCCAGUGGCAGAUAUGAAGGCAAGAUCACACGGAACUCCGAGCGAUUUAAAGAACUGACUCCCAAUUACAAUACUGACAUUAUCUUUAAGGAUGAAGAGAACACCGGUGCGGACCGGCUCAUGACUCAGGUAAAACGAAUACAUGUUUAAUGCCGUGCAUCUUCUAGCACACUGUCUAACACAACCUUUCACAUAAGGAUGAAGAUUGCGCACCACAAAUAAGGACAUAUUUAGGUCUCAGGUCUGUGCUUUUUAAAGGAGAUGUGUGAAAAGGUUCCGUUUCAAUCUCAGAGCAUUGCACUUUUGAUUAGGUCCUGCAUGGGUAAGGCUUUCAUAAUCAAACCAGAGACAUGACAUAGGCCUACUGGCAUUUCGGUAAGAAACUCGGCCUUCAUGAUUGUGGCAGUUUAUUUGAAAUAUUUAUGUGGUCCUCUCUCCUCAUAUCUAUAUUUGUAUCAAGGCCUUGUCUUGUGCAGACGCACAUAGGCUGUUUAUGCAUUAGCCUACUAUAUAGCAUUUAGAUAUUCAGCUAUUGCACCGUUAAGAUUUAGAUUACAUCUUGUUUUAAAUCUUAAUUUCAGUCAUCUGAUCUGGCAUCUAUGACUAAAACAGCGGUGUUGUUUAUGCAUGGUUGGCGCAUUCAGAUAUUUCUUGCAUACUGUUAUUCACCCUUUCGCAGUAUAGUGUUUAUCGGCGCAUGAAGACUGACAUUUCUUUGAGAAUGUUCUGAACACUAUCACUACUUCAUAAAUGGGUGGGACGCGGCCAAUUUGUGCAAUGAUAUAGCAAGACUGUGCCUCGGGUAAUGCAUUUGCUUUGGAAAGGCUGAGUGGCAAAAAAGCAUUAGUGGCAAAUAAGCAUUGUCGUACCUGUGAAUCAGAUUUCCCUUAGCCAAAUGCUAGGGUGUGAUGUCUUCAUAAGAUUCUGGGUGGCUAGCUUGCAUGCAUGGUCCAUAAAAAUAUGGGUCAGAAAUGCACAGUCUGGAUAGCAUGACUCGCGCCCAUAAGGUUACUUGAUUUCCAGCUACUGUUAGGCUAUUUUGGGUGUUUAUUGCGCUUAUGUCGCACUGCUAUUUUAAUAAUAACCGAAUUACUUUAGUCCGGCCACCUUAAAAUGCCACUGAACCUGAAGUAGUGUGAUGGAGGUGCGCGUGCCGGACUCCCUGGACCGUAUACAGCGACAUGGGCACGAGCUCUGAUUAAAUAUUCACCCUGCGUGCAGUCUCAACAUCUCUCUUAAACGCUCCCUUCCCUUCUUCCAAUAUAUACGUUAUCACACUUUAAAUGGAGGCUAGAGUGAAAUUCAACCUUUUAUUCUGUCUAUAGCCCUCGGCCACUACCAGUUAAAGCUGUGGUUGAACAGGGAAUUGUGCCAACGACUCUCCUUUUUGGACACACCAUCCCCAUUUACCGGCCUUCUUUAUCGAUCUGAAUAGAGUAGAGGAAGUAUUUUGGUUUAAUUCUGAUAUCACUGCAUAAACAAAUGCGCCAAACCAUAAAAAACAACAUAUUAAUGGCAUUAUGAGUUACAAAAUAAGGUAAUUGUUUUCUGCCUUGUGCUAGGCUAUAAUUCAAAGAAAGUUGAAUUAUUUGAAAUAGGACAUAUUUGCAAUAGAUAAACCAGGCAAGGCAAAGGAGGCUCAUAAACAUAAGCGGGAGCAUUUGAACGUAUGACCUUUGGUCAAUGAGAAGAGGAAGCUUAAACAAAGUUCAGACAAAACAUGUAUUAAAGUAUGGAGUGCUAAGUACUUAUUUGCUGUUUAGUGGCGCACUGCCUAGCCCUAAUGUAUAGAUGCACCUGCAACAACAGCACGAGUUAGAGAUAAACAAACGUAAUAUCUGAAUAAUAUGAAGAGCUAAUGGUUAGCAUCUAGAAUAUGUUUGCCAUCGUCUAUAUUGGAUGGUUGUUGUGCGUAAAGGUCAAUCCAGUGGGCUGUCUUAGGGACGGCGCGGACGCACUGUGGGUGCACAGGUGCACUGAAAGUUGUAGGCUAUAUGAUGGAUUCCUGGAAUAGUCUCACUAUUGUUUAAUCAAACCGUAAUGUCAACGUAGAUGAAACGUGUGUCUGUUGUGGUUUCAUAAAUGUAAAUAAAACUCCAGGUAAAGUGAUGACUAUAAAAGCGUGAUGCCCCAGGCUGCGACAACUCAUUUUGAGUGAGCGGGUUAACCAAGCAGCCCCUCAACUACAAAGACAAGUUCGUUUCGAGGAAAGUUAAUGACGUCCUCGCUUUACAGACAUUUUUUAGCGCGCAGCCCCCGAAGAGUCUGUCGGGAAUAAAUACAUCACAUGGUCGUCUGUAGCAAGCACAGCUUAAUGUGAACUGAAUAUAGCCAGGCAAACGAGGCGAUAUUGAGACGGACCAGUGGGUUGUUUGCACUGACAGGUACCUGAUAAGUGUUUCCUCUAACCAAUUCAUUUGUGAGAAGAUUAAGAGGCAGGCUGCGGGCGAGGCUUGUUGAACAACUUUAGUCUGAGCACAAAGCGCCGCGGAGGGAUGCUGCUGGGCUUCACGGUGAAUGAACAGAAUUUGGCUUGAUUUGCGGCACACGACCCAAUGAAUUAAUAAAUAGUUUAGGCUUCACGGCUCUUGACUCCGGCUAUCGUACUCAGAAUGUGCAGGAAAAGGUUUUGGAAUGGCCCCUUUGCUUUUUUCACCCACUGCAUGCUACAAGUGCGAGUAUAAUGUUGGUUUGUUUUGACGUUUCGCAGGAAAGACGGGUUAGGCUAAUUGAGAUAUCACUGGAAGGCUAACCUUAUGACCAGCAUGUCUUGGGGAUCCUUGCCAACAAACGGGAAAGGAUGGAGUGGUGGCCCAUGUGUUAGUGUGUGUGUGUGUGUCUUACUAGCUCUAUAUAGAUAGUUCGUUUUUUAGGGAAGAGAACCAAACCACCUCCAGUUGAGUAGUCCUGUCAUGUCCCAAGAACUUGGGCGACGAGAAUAAUUAAACUUUCCCUCUGGUUGCGGUGAAAAUACACUUUGUGAUGUUUUAUUUUACAUAGACCCUAUUGGUUAAGUGUUGAGAAGGGUUGUCUUGGAGAAGGCCAAGCAUCUCACAAAGGGUCCCGAGAUAGGUUAGAGUGCAACAUUCCAAUUAUAGGAAACUAUUUUAUAACUCAGUUAUUUCUGAAGAUUAUCCUUAAUAUCAAUUAUUUAUUCAAAGAAAACACACAGCUUAGCCUACUAAAGUCUCUUGGGUUCAUUAAAGUGAUAUAUUCUUCCCAUUCAGAUGCAUUUUAAAUAUGUAAUUAAUUCCAGCAUUUCAUUUUAUUGGAGUCUAUCACAUCUUAUAGCAUCUUGGGAGAGAGUACAAAUAGGCCAUUGAGCGGUCGCACCUGUCCAAGGACCAGAUCUAUAUGUUUUAGGCCAGUGAAGCGAAUGCAAUGCCUUAUCAAUUUUUCAUCACAAGCUUCUCUAUCUGAGAUGUGCCCUCUAACGCUGCUCUUCACACAGAACAUUCGAGCUUAGGUAAUUCAAACAAACCAUUCACAUUGUUGUGAGUAGGCAUAUAUCCCAUCACAUAUCACUCCAUAGAACAACAUGAUGGACGAUAUUUAUUGAAUCUCAGUUGACCUUUAGUGUGGUGGAAUCUUGGAGAUAUUCAGGUUUAACAGAUGUAAUGAAAUGUUAACUAUUUAAUGAUUUGCAUUUUGGAAAGACCUUUGAAGACCUUGAACUAUAGGAAAAUGGCAACUCUAUAGGUUAAGGGUUUUGGCCUCGAACCAUGCAUCUACAAAAUAGCCCAUACCUUCAGGCUUUUGAAUUAAGAUUAUGAGCCAAUAUAUUAAUAUACACUGUCUGGAACAUAAUCCUUAAUAUCAUAUCAGGCUCAAAUAUUAGCUUAAUUUAUUACUUAGGCUUAAUACCCAGGCCUGAUAUACAUGAAAGGGUAUUAGCAUCUAGUGAGCAUGAUUAGUGAAUUUGAUACAUCUUAAUAGACGACUAACUGGUCCAUUUUCUUUCCCCCAGAGAUGUAAAGACAAGCUGAACUCCCUGGCUAUCUCCGUCAUGAAUCAGUGGCCAGGGGUAAAGCUCCGCGUCACGGAGGGCUGGGACGAGGAUGGGCACCAUUUCGAAGAGUCACUACACUACGAGGGAAGGGCAGUGGAUAUCACGACCUCCGAUAGAGACAAGAGCAAAUACGGCACGCUGUCCAGACUAGCAGUGGAGGCUGGAUUCGACUGGGUCCACUACGAGUCCAAGGCCCACAUCCACUGUUCUGUCAAAGCAGGUAGGGUGUGAAGUCAAGAAGCCGUUUGUCGCCAUCACUGACAUUAAAAACGAAUGUGAAUGGGAAACGUGGUAAUAACAGGGAAUAUAGCCCCCGCCCUCCCCCUUCAAAACAUUAUUAUGUUCGAUUUAAACUCGCACAUUUCAUUUGUCUGAAUUCCAGUUACUUACAUUAGCCUACAUCAAACCCACACAAUAAGUUGCAUGGACGUUGUUUAAAGGCCUAUUCCUCACCGAUUAACGAAUAAUGACAUUGAUGAUAAAGUUUUUUUUUUUUUUACAUUAUGCUACUCCAGCUAGAUAAUUAAUCAACAUAGAUUAUUGGAUAUAAAUAAACAACGUUUGUAGAAAUAAACAACGUUUCUAGGAUAUUAUUUGAUGCUCUCUCGUUAGCCAACCUCCAGAGUUCCCCACAAUGUGUCCUCUCGCUAUUCACUUGUUAUACCGUGAUCACUUAUCCCUUCAUUUUAGGCCCAUCAAUUUUAUUCUAGAUUGAUAGGCCUUUCUAGAUUUCAAAUAAGUAGGCCUACUCCAUAUUUUUUAGUUAUUUAUAGUAGUUGUGUUAUGUAUGGGUAAUUGCUGCCUGUUCAUGUUUAAUGCAUAGGCCCUACCAUACUUUUUCAUGAUCUUAUAUCGCCUCACACCGUCUCUUCGAUGGAACCACGACAUUAUAUUUCACAAAAUCUAUCCCCACACUCAUAAAAUGCCAUGGCCUAUACUUUCAUUUUGUGCCCUGUUCCUGUAAGCUAACUGAUAGGCUAUGGACUUCAAAAUCACUGCAUGUUAAGAGAAGGCUAUUCGAGUUAACUAAACACAUUACAGCUUUAGAUGUGUAGAUUUGUAUUAUUUUUCGAUCGAAACAAUCUAUUCUAGGGCUAUGUUUGGAUCAGUGUUGGCCUUCCAAAAUGUAUAUGAAUUUUACCAAAGUACUUUAGACAAAUCUUUUGGGUUAAAAUCAUCUCUUGAGUUUCCUAAAAACCAUAUGGAAAUCGACUUAGGCCUAUUCUUCCGAAGAGAACAUUUGCGUUUUUUAUUUAAUGGAAAAUCUAUUUAAAAUUCAACACACUCGUUUUGAGAUCAUAUAGUCCGUGUCAUUAGGGGUCAUGUGACUUUACCAAAGGGAUUUAGACUUACACAUGUUGAAUUCGUUUGGGGCAAAUCUAGUUUUCAAUUGUCACCAUACUUCAUGCCACAGAAUCUUAAAAGAAGAUUAGAUCCAGAAAUUCAGAGAGGGUCGGUUCUAUUCUGUGGCUGUGUGUGUUUACUGACAGUGUGAUCCUGGAGAUCGGAAUGUAAAGAGUUCUCCCAAGGCCCGAAUUAUUGUCAUCAAGAUUGACAACAAAGCGGGGGAGAGGUGGUAAAAAGAAGGGACAUUGAUGUUGGUCGACUGCAAGCAUUUAGAGUCUGGGCCCUCAUUUAAAUUCAAAUCUGCAUCUUGAGAGGCUUGGAAAAGUGUCUCCACUGGGUAAAUAGUCUUUGCGGCGCCCUUGGUUUUUUUCUGAGAGUACUAGGCUAUUUGUGUGAAUUGUCACAUAGAGGUUUCUGCACCUGAGCAAAUAUGGGAAGAGAAGCUGGGAAAGGCGCAAGUGUUAUUUUCCAAGAAUGGCUAGGUCCACAAGCUGAUUUAGAAUGACAAUGUCCGCUCUAUAUUGGUUUUUAAUUAACGUUAGAAGACCCAGGGCUUUCGGUUUUCUCAUCUCACACAACAAGAAGCAGCCAAUAGGCCUUCGUUUUUUGUGAAGGAGUUCCACAUUCACAUAAUGCCAAAUGAAAGCAUAUGGCUGGGGGGGGGGGGGGGGGGGGGGGGGAUAUAUAAUGUAACCUAAAUGAUAUUCAUAAAUGCGCCUAAAAUCACAAUUUUCAUUCCUCUUUCCUUUAAAAAGUAUGGAUAUAGCCAAUAAGCUUAUAUGUGACAGUGGUUAAUUCAUAGGCUUAUUAGGCCCAUGUGCUAUAAACAUAUUCCACAGUGCUGAGCUCAAAACUCGCCCUGCUCUCAUGGGUAAAUCAAAUAAUAUAUGGAUAUAUAUACAUAAUCACUAAUACAAUCUCUUCUAUUUCAACAGAAAACUCAGUUGCUGCCAAAUCAGGAGGCUGCUUCCCAGGCACCGCUUCUGUAACUCUCAAAGAUGGAAGCAGGAAGGCAGUGAAAGACCUCAGAGUUGGUGACAAAGUGCUGGCAGCCAACAGUGAUGGGAACCUCGCAUAUAGCGACUUCAUCAUGUUCGUGGACCAGGACUCUGCAACCAGAAGAGUGUUUUAUGUGAUAGAGACUAAAGAACCAGCCCAGAAAAUCACCCUUACUGCUGCACAUCUACUCUUUGUGGUCAACAACUCAACGGAUGAUCUCCACAGCAUGUCAGCAGUAUUUGCGAGCAAAGUCAAACCUGGACAAAAGGUGGUCGUCUUUGAUGAUUUGCAUAACCAACUGAAGUCGGUCACCGUAGAACGGAUUUACAGGGAGGAGCACGAGGGGUCAUUUGCGCCUGUGACGGUUCAAGGAACCAUCGUGGUAGAUCAGGUGCUUGCAUCAUGUUACGCGGUAAUUGAAGACCACAAUCUUGCGCACCUGGCGUUUGCACCUGUCAGAAUGAGCUACUGGCUGUCCUCGUUGCUAUCCCCGAAAGUCUACUCCAUGCCCAACGCCACCUUACACGAGGACGGAGUGCACUGGUACUCCAAGAUUCUAUAUAAAUUAGGAACGUGGCUCUUGGAUAGCCACGCGCUUCACCCACUGGGGAUGUCAAUAAACUCAAGUUGAAACCUCAUAUGGAAAAGCAAAAUAAGACUUAUGUAGGACAAUAAACAAUAGUAGAAUAAAAAAAGAGACCCCAGCGGAGUUGGGAUAUUUAUUUCAGUGACUUUUACAUGUGUCCCUUUCAAAGAAUGAAUGGAGCCUUAAAAGUUUUCUUUGAAUAAUUUAUUCUCAUGUGAACUCGCUGGUAUCACACGGAUGGAUUCUAAAACUGUGUGACCAGCAAAUUGUGCAGAAUCUAUUUUUGUAUAUCUCAAGUAAACCGCAAAGAAAAAGAAGACCAUGUAAAAAGCAGCAAACUUCUUGACAGGUUGCAAUGUUCUGUGCAUAUUAUGUGCAACUGACUGUUCUAUUUUGGGGAUAAACAAACUUCGUGGGGGUCCAUAAAUUAUAUUUUUAUACACAGAAUUGUAAAUUAGAUUUUGACAGCUCGUUACCGAAUCACAUUUCGUUAUUUGAAAUAGUGUAAGAUACGAGAAUAUAUUUUAAUUUAAAUAGUUGGGAAAAGUCUUGGAAAUCUUGUAUUGUUUUGUUUAUUAAGAAUUCUAUUAUUUUGGAAA